AUGAGUUCGACAGCACCAGAGCUUCCGAAAGGCCUCGCAGAAAGCGUAGCCAACAGCAAGGCCGAGUACAAACGGCUAGGAAAAAGUGGUCUACGGGUAUCAGUACCCAUCUUGGGUGCGAUGAGUAUUGGUGACAGCCAGUGGCUGGAUUGGGUGAUCGACGAGGAUCAAGCACUUCCUCUACUGAAAGCCGCAUACGACCGAGGGCUGAAUACCUGGGACACUGCCAAUAUCUAUUCCAACGGCGCCUCAGAGCGAUUGAUCGCCAAAGCCAUUAAAAAAUAUAGCAUUUCAAGACAGAAGGUGGUCAUCUUGAGCAAAUGUCGGGGAACCGUCGGUGAGGAACCGAGCGUGCUCUCCAUCAAGUACCCAGAUGCGAUUGAAAAGAGCAAGGAUUAUGUUAACCAAGCUGGGCUAUCACGGGCCGCCAUCUUUAAUGCUGUCAAUGCCUCUCUUGCACGUCUGGAGACAGAGUAUAUAGAUUUGCUCCAGAUUCACCGCUUCGAUAGGAAUACACCCAUCGAGGAGACCAUGGAAGCGCUCCACGACCUAGUGAAGAUGGGAAAGGUACGGUACCUUGGGGCUAGCAGUAUGUGGGCUUAUCAAUUUGUCAUGAUGCAAGCUGUGGCCGAAAGGAACGGAUGGACCAAAUUCAUCUCUAUGCAAAACCACCACAGCCUUCUAUACCGAGAAGAAGAACGCGAGAUGAACAAAUACUGCCUUGAGACUGGCGUGGGCCUGAUUCCAUGGGCGCCACUUUACCGAGGCUUCCUUGCACGUCCGCUCUCUGAAUCUGGCACAACUACAAGGUCGCAGGAUCAGCAGGAUGAGCUCACUGAAACUGACAAAACUAUCAUUCAACGCGUCGAAGAAUUGGCCAAUAAGAAAGCAUGGAAGAUGAGCCAUGUUGCAAUGGCGUGGUCUAUUCAGAAGGGCAAUAACCCCAUCAUUGGGUUCAGCAAAAUCGAGAGGAUUGAUGAAGCAUUGGAGAUAAGGGGCAAGGCGUUGACCGAUGAAGAGAUGAAGUACCUUGAAGAGCCAUAUCAGCCCAAAAAUAUUUCAGGGCAUUCAUAG